AUGGAUCUUUGUCAAAAUGAAUUCAGACGACAAUUACUCGAUAUACUAGACCAGAUUAGUGACGCUACAUUUGUCACCAUAGAUUUGGAAAUGAGUGGUAUUGCAACUCGUCACAAGAACUCCUCAAAUGAUAGAUCCCUUGAUCUGGCCAAGCCGACUUUACAACAGCAGUAUGAGGAAGUCAAAAGUGCCGCAGAGACAUAUCAGAUGCUCCAGAUGGGGAUAACCAUAGUGAAAGAGGAGCGUGAAAAAGAUUUCUACAUUGCACGCCCAUACAAUUUUAAUGUUAGUCCACUGAGUAGUUCUGGAGUUGAUAUUGGUCUUCAACGCAUAAUCCGAUUUUCUAGUAGUGCUUGUGAUUUCCUGUUGAAGAACGGGUUUGAUUUUGGGAAAGUUUUCAGAGCAGGGAUUCCAUACCUAUCCCGUGAUGAAGAAGCAGAAUUAACACUUGAGAAUAAUCAACGUGCAGAAAGAACAUCGAAGAUACCAGAUCUCUUAAUUAAAGCGGAAGACACCCCUGCAUUGGAAUUUUAUAACACUACCAGACAAACCAUCAAGAACUGGGUGGAAAAGCCUAAGCAAAAUUUCGCAAACAUUGGCGGUGAAACGGAAAAGUUAAGCGGAUUCCAACGUCGCUUAGUUUACCAGCUUAUUCGAAAUGAAUUUCCCGAUCUCAGGGCCUUUUCCCGCUGCGACGGAGAUUUUAUGCAAGUCGAAAAGAUCAACAUAGAGAGAGAAGCUGAAUAUAAAGUGAGCAGACUACAAAAGUUCAAUACAAAGGUUGCCAAGCAAAAAGGUCUUGGAUGGAUCUUUGAGGCUCUCUGUGGCGGUGAUUUAUCUGGUAUUGAUCCUCUCUGGUCUUACAACUUGGAGGAUACCGAGCCGGAAAAACAACCUGAUGGCAUCGCACUUCGCAUCAAAAAUUUAAAUACCAAACUCCGAUCAAAGAAUCAUGUUAUUGUCGGCCACAACAUAUUUAUGGAUCUAGCAUUUCUGUAUAAGACAUUUAUCGGCUCCCUUCCACUACUCGUAGAAGACUUCCAGGAUGCUAUCCAUAAUGUUUUUCCAUCUAUCAUUGAUACAAAAUAUCUGGCUACACAUGGACUGGAAUCUACGACUACACGUAGCAGCUUAAAAGAUUUAUUGGAUCCACUACGUAAAAUACAAAAUCCCCUAAUAUUACUUCAUCAAGACCACCGUGCAUAUGGCUCUAAUUUUGGAAGAGAUCAUGAGGCUGGCUAUGACAGCUGGAUGACAGCUGAGUUAUUUGUCAAAUUAUCCGCAAGUAUAUGCAGUAGCAACAAAUUGACUAGCCCAAUCGCAGCGUCUGAAUCCCGAUCGCAAGCUAAUUCUGACACUUCACGCUUAAAUUCAGUUGGCUUUCCAUCUUCUGAUAAUAGCGAAGCUUCAAGUCAUGAAGCUACAGAAUCUCUACUUGGGCCUAAAAAUACCUUGACAGCCCAAGAAUUAUCGACGGGAUCUAAAGCUCAGAACACACUUGUUUACUCUAAUCCUUAUGCUAUACUAGAAGAUGUGGAAGAUCGAGAACGAUUAUCGGAGACAGGGCAGGCUUCAUGCAACCAGUGGUUACCGGAGUUUUCAUCUGAUUUUUGGAAAAUAUAUUCUAACAAACUCAGGGUUAAUGCAAUUGAAAGUGGUAUCUGUGACUUACCUAGUCGUUAG